AUGGAGAUGUGGGUGAUAGUUGUGGGGUUAUGUGUUGGAGUUUUGGGGUUAAGAUGGAUUCUGAGAAAUGUGAAUGGCUGGUUGUACGAGUCAAAGCAUCGUCAUCUUCGCUUGCCUCCUGGACAUUUUGGCUGGCCCUUCCUUGGUAACAUGUUGGCCUUCCUCGCUGCCUUCAAAUCCACCAACCCUGAUUCCUUUGUUCAUUCUCUCGUCUCCAGGUAUGGAAAUACGGGUAUAUACAAGGCCAUGAUGUUUGGGGAACCAAGUGUAAUUGUGACAACACCGGAAGGAUGCCGGCGAGUGCUAACGGACGACGAGAAAUUCACAACCGGUUGGCCUUAUUCCACCGUAGAGCUCAUGGGGAGGAAGUCCUUCAUCAUCAUGCCUUAUGAAGAACACAAGCGUCUCCGGCGCCUCACGUCGGCUUCCGUUAACGGCUUGGAAGCUCUGAGCUUGUACUUGACCUACAUUGAAGAGAAUGUGAUGAGCUCAUUGGAGAAAUGGACAACUAUGGGAGAAAUUGAGUUUCUUACUCAGAUUCGUAAGCUUACUUUUAGAAUUAUCACUCAUAUUUUCCUUGGCGCAGCAAGUAAUUCUGUUGUGGAAGCUUUAGAGAAAGAGUACACAACGCUUAAUUAUGGAGUUAGAGCCAUGGCUAUCAACAUUCCUGGAUUUGCAUAUCAUUCAGCCCUCAAGGCCAGGAAAAAACUAGUGAGUGUAUUUCAAGCUGUGGUGGAUGAGAGACGAAAGCAAGAAAAGGAAGAGGGAUUUAGAAAAACAAAAGACAUGAUGGAUGCUCUGAUGAAUGUGGAAGAUGAAAAUAAUGGAGGAAAACUGAGUGAUGAGGAAAUAAUUGACAUUAUGUUGAUGUACUUGAAUGCUGGCCAUGAAUCAUCAGGACAUGUCACCAUGUGGGCCACAAUUUUCUUGCAAAAUCAUCCUAAAUAUUUUCAAAUGGCUAAGGCUGAACACGAAGAAAUAGUAAAGAAAAGGCCUCCUACACAGACGAGAUUGACCAUGAAAGAAGUCCGACAGAUGGAUUUUACUUCUAAGGUCAUUGAUGAAACAAUGCGUUUGGUUACAUUCUCUCUCAUGGUCUUUCGAGAAGCAAAAUGCGACGUCACUUUCAAUGGUUACACUAUUCCUAAAGGUUGGAAAGUUCUCACCUGGUUCAGGAGUAUACAUUAUGAUCCUGAAAUAUACCCUAAUCCAAGGGAAUUUAAUCCUCUUCGAUGGAAUGUAAUUAGAAGUGCUGGAGAAUUCCUUCCCUUUGGAGCAGGAAGCAGACUGUGUCCUGGAAAUGACCUUGCCAAGCUGGAAAUCUCAGUCUUCCUUCACCAUUUUCUUUUGAAUUAUCAGCUUGAACAGCGAAACCCUAAAUGUCCCGUGAGAUACUUGCCUCAUACAAGGCCAAUGGACAAUUGCUUGGCAAGAGUUAAGAAAGUUACAGCCUAG